CACAGAGGAGAGAGACUCUAUGAAUGCUGUGAGUGCGGGAAAGGUUUCACUCAGAGAUAUACCCUUAACUCUCAUCAGAGAAUCCACACGGGAGAGCGACCCUACAAAUGCUGCAAGUGCGGGCUAAGCUUCACUCAGAGAUCAGCCCUUAUCUCUCAUCAGACAAUGCACACGGGAGAGCGACCCUAUGAAUGCUGCGAGUGUGGGAAAAGCUUCUCUCGGAGCUCAAACCUUACUAUACAUCAACGGAUCCACACAGGAGAGAGACCCUAUGAAUGCCGUGAGUGCGGGAAACGUUUCACUCACUUCUCCUCCCUUACCUCUCAUCAGACAACGCACGCAGGAGAGCGACCCUAUGAAUGUUGUGAGUGUGGGAAAAGCUUCUCUCGGAGCUCAAACCUUACUAUGCAUCAGAGGAUCCACACAGGAGAGAGACACUAUGAAUGCAGUGAAUGCGGGAAACGUUUCACUCACCUCUCCUCUCUUAUCUCUCACCAGAGAGUCCACAUGGGACAGAGACCCUAUGAAUGCAGUGAGUGCGUGAAAAGCUUCUCUCGGAGCUCAACCCUUAUUAUACAUUACAGAAUCCACACCGGGCAGAGACCCUAUGAAUGCUGCGAGUGUGGGAAAAGCUUCACUCAUAGUUCAGGCCUUUCUAAACAUCAGAGAAUCUGUAAAGGAGAUAAACUUCAUAAAAACCUUCUCUAUACCUGUCAGAAGAUUUUUUUCUUUAAUUCUUUUGACAGUUCCUCGAUAGUGUUUGUUAAGGCCGUUUGCAUCUUUUGCCCACUGUAGUCCCUCAACUCCCACACAACUUGCGCACUUUUGAAGCUCGCCUGUCUUUGGGGUGGAUCCUGUGGUCCUUUCUAUCAACUCCAUUGUCCUGCGAGUCAUGGGAGUGGGUGUCCUUUCUAUCAGGAAUGUCAUCACCCCAGGUGGGGGAGAUGGGGAGUGUCUUCAACCAGCUACGUUGAGAUAAAAUCUACCUGGAUCUCAUCACUGUGGUUGCCAUGGAGUUAGCUAGCUUGAGUUCACUUUCCUGAUGUAAAAAGACAGCUAUUCUUGCAGUAAAGACAUGGGCCAUGGAUAGUGGGUGGGGUUAUAUAGCACAUUUCCUCCUGAUCUGACCUAACCACCGUCACAUUUCCUUGUCUAAACAAACCUGGAGAUUCACAUUUAUACUCCUCCUCCCAGUGCAAAGUUAUUGUUCCAGACGUCAAGUUCCUCUCUGAGGACAGAUUGUCUCAUUUCCAGUUGUUCUCACAUUACCCUGGAUUGUGCAGAAGAGCAGUUAUUUUGUUGACUUUUUUUCUCAUGUAAAAUAUAUUUAAAUAUGAUGAAGAGCUGGAGCAGUGUCAGGGAAAUAAGGGUCAUUUCAGGCUCUGUGACACUGGAAGGAGAUGGGGCGACUCAGAGAUUCCGUCCUUCCCCAUCACCCCAGAACUGUUACCUUAUGUCCGAGCCAUGCACACUUCACCCCUUCAUAUUCCUUCACUUCCCAACAUGUCCGCUGAGGUCAUGUUCUUGGCUGUCCAUGCUUGGGAAUGGUGCUUGGACAUCUUUGAUCCUAAAUCAGAGUCACUCUGGCAGGAGCUGAAAGUGUCACAGACCUGGAAGGGGAUUUCAAAUGGAUCCCAAGCACUGUUCAAAUCCCCUUUUCCCUCUAUUGGCAAAGCCACUUCUGGGAGGGUCAGCUGUUUUUUCCGCCUGUUCUGUAGGUGCUAAAGCUUCUGUAAAUAACACUAACGAGACAGCGCUGGGUGAAGCAUGUUUCAGUGAAUCGGGAGAAUUUCUCAUCCUGAUUCUGAGACAUCAGAUGUAACCUAGUCUGGAAUUUCACUUUAAAUUAAAAUGAAAGUGUCUUCUA